GUGCAGAACUCGUUGGGUGGCCGUUUCAAAAUGCUUUUUCGUCGGCAUCCUUCCUUUCUCACGAUUGCUUCUCUGCGAAACCAUCAAAUUCCUAAAUCCCUCGACCGGAUCUGAAAACAGAUCGAAGGGCAAGGGCAAGUAUAGAGAUCGGUAAAUGGGGCACAGGGUGGACCACGAGUAUGACUAUCUCUUCAAGAUCGUUUUGAUCGGUGAUUCAGGCGUUGGAAAAUCAAACAUCCUCUCAAGGUUCACCCGGAAUGAGUUCUGCUUAGAAUCUAAAUCCACCAUCGGUGUGGAAUUCGCCACCAGGACUCUCCAGAUAGAAGGUAAGACUGUCAAAGCACAGAUAUGGGACACUGCUGGGCAAGAAAGGUAUCGUGCCAUCACAAGUGCCUACUACCGUGGUGCUGUGGGUGCUCUCCUGGUAUAUGACAUAACAAAGAGGCAAACUUUUGACAAUGUCCAAAGGUGGCUACGCGAGCUCAGAGACCACGCUGACUCUAACAUUGUUAUCAUGAUGGCUGGUAACAAGUCAGAUCUGAAACAUUUAAGAUCAGUUCAGGAAGAUGAUGCACAAGAAUUGGCUGAGAAGGAAGGGCUUUCCUUCCUUGAAACCUCGGCACUAGAAGCAUACAACAUUGAAAAGGCAUUCCAGACUAUUCUAACAGAAAUCUACCACAUUAUAAGCAAAAAAGCGCUUGCAGCCCAAGAAGCCGCUGCAACAGCACCGCCCAUUCUAGGGACAGCCAUCAAUGUUGGUGAUUCAUCUGGAGGCUUUUCAAGGACAUCUUGCUGUUCUACUUAGUACUUUCAGGAUGUGACAACACAAUCAAAGAGGUUAGUUUGUCUUGCUCGAUGAAUUUCACUUCAAUAUGGUUCUUUGUGUGUAGAAUAUUUCUUCAACUCUGUGAUGUGUGAUUUUGGGGAUAUUAUGGAGAAUGUACUUAGGUUUCCAUUCCUAGAAGUGAUGUUUUCACUAAAACUAUAGACGAUGCAUGUAGCUUAGAUUGUUAUCCUAUUCUGUAUUUCAUGGUUUUGAACAUCGCAACCUGCCAACCAUUGUGAAAGGAAGCAGCUGAAAGGUUUAAUUUUUAUAUUCAUUGAGAUAAUCCUAACAUUGUAAUAAAUAUCAUUUGCUUAUCUUGUCUUUUUGAA